GACUGGGCGGGACUCUUACAUCCCCGACAAAGGUAACAGGUUGCAGUCGCCGCAUAAUGAACUUGUUGCUGUGUUAAUUUAGGUAGGAGUUGUUAUACCACCCACUUUUCUGCGUGGACUUUGAUGGAAAACAUUUGAAUUAUCACCGACAUAAAGGAAGCGAAGUGCGUAAAAGCAGCAACGGAUUAACGUAAACUCCAGAGAAAGAGCAUGAGCACAUCACCCUCAGGUCGGAAGACCCCGGUGGACUACGGUGUCCAGAUCCGCUUCAUCAAUGACCUCCGGGACUCUGGCGGGGGGCAGCCAGGGCCCCAGCCCAGGACCAAGACCAAGACCCAGACCACCUCCAAGUACGGCGUGGCGGUCAGGGUGCAGGGUAUUGCUGGCCAGCCAUACGUGGUCCUGAAGGACGGAGAGAAAGGAGACUCUUACGGGGUCCAGCUCAGGACCCAGUACCCCUUUGGUUACAGUAGCCUUCCCCGCAGAAGAGAUAUGGCAGAUCCAGAAACACAGGGGCCAGAUGUAGAAGGAGGAGCCGGGCAGGGUGGGGCACUACGCAGGGCCCAGUCCCAUGGGUCACUGCUGGACAGGGACGGAGAGGGAGGAGCAGGCAAUGAGGACUUUCAGCUGUCUAGGCCACCAGGGGACGGGAAGUCUGGAAGUUACGGGACUCUGGAUGGAGGACUUGGAGUAAGGGGAGAGAGGGAGCAGGUUCGGCAUGCCGGUAGUAGAGAGGGGGGCGUGGAGAGGAACAUGUGGGAUGGUUCAAACAAAGCAGGGCUCAACGGGUCGCUGGGGUCCGUUAGAAGCAGUCAGUCCAACCCUGCCCCUCCUCAACAAACACAUCAGCGACCAACUCCUGUCAACAGACUAAUAAACAGGUUUGAUGGUGGUAACACUGGAGGCCAUCAAGAUCCCAGAGCUACAUCUCCUCUCCUCACCCCCAACCCUUAUACCUCACCUCCGUCCUCCACUCGCAGCAGCCUGGGACGCAGUCAGGCCGCCGUCAACAAAUUCCCCGGACACUCUGCCAAUCAGCGGACAUCCUCGGGGACAUAUGCCGCUGCGGAGACCCCGCAUGCCACGCUGACUGAGCCACAAGUGACUCCUGACCUUUUGCUGGACCAGGGUCAGAGUGCAGAGAUGACCAGAGAGGAGGAGCAGGUCAUGCAGACUAUAUACAACAUCCUGAGACAAGGGACCAAUGAGAGUGAUGUUAUCAUCAAGCACAAAGUCAAGGUCCUCUUUAAGAAGAUUCAGAAUCUGAAGCCCAAAGAAAGAGCUCAGGAAGAGUGGAUGAGAGAAAAGAGAGAGCUGGAAAGAAAGAUGGCUGAACUACAAAACACCCUGCAACUGGAAAGACGGGACUCCGUUAGCAAUUCUGAUCCUGCUCUGAAAGCUGAGCUGGAGUCCUGUCUGGAUGAAAAUCUGCUGCUCCAGGAUAUGCUGGACCGGAAGACGAAAGAAUUAAAUGAAACACAAUCAGAGCUGACUCAGCUGCGUAUGGACAGGGAGAAUGCAGAGGCACGGAUCAGAGACGUGGAGGACCAGCUGGCUGAGCUUCAGGAUGAACUGAGGAGGGAGAAUGGCAACAAGACGGACCUGAUGUCUUGUCAGGCAGAGUUGAUGGAGGUGUGCCAGCUGAAACAAAAGCAGGAGGACACGCUGAGGCAGAGAGAGAGGGAGCUCACGGCUCUCAAAGGAGCGCUGAAAGAAGAGGUGGCCACGCAUGACAAAGAGAUCGAGGUGCUCCGAGAGCAGUACAGCGUUGACAUGGAGAAGCUCCGCAGCAGCAUGGAGCAGGUGUCUCAGUCUCACGCAGGCAUCGAGUCAGAGCGGUUGCGUGUGAAUGCGUCCAUUCGCUCCCUUCAGCAGCAGUUGGAAGACUGUCGAGACGAGAGCAGCCACUGGAUGGAGCAGUUCCACACCACCAGAGACGAGCUUCGAACGACCAAACAUGAAGAGCCACCCCGCAGCCCUAAAACACCACUCCUGCAAGCCCGACUGGAAAAAGAGGAGUUUGAGGAGGAACUAAAGGAGCUCCAGGAGAAAGUGAGCACCAUGAAACGGCAGAUACCGGACCCGGACCACACACAGACUCUCAACCAGGAACUUCAGCGUUACAAUACUGAUCUUCAGAAGGCCAAGUCUGAGGUGGAGAAGCAGAGGAUGGAGUUUGACAAGAAGGUCAUGGAGGUCAUCUCCAUAAAAAAAUCUCACCAGAACCAGGAGGCAGAACUGAAGUAUGAGAUUGACCGGCUAAAGGACCAACUACAGAAGGCCAGAGAGGAUAUUAUCAAGGCACAGGACAAAAACAAACGGCUCCCAGACCCAGCCAUCAUCUCAGAGCUGGAGCAGAAGCUUGGUGAGAACCGUAGUGAAGCUAGCCAGCUCAAAGAGAAACUCUCAUUGGCCGAGGAGGAAGUGGUGGCCAGUAAAACACUUCUCAAUAGAGCGCAGAUGGACGUUAAAAACCUCCAAGAUGCUCAGCAGGAACAGGAGGGGGCCAACACGCGUCUGAGAGAAAAACUCUUACGGUUGGAGGCUCAGCUGCAGACCAACACAACGGAGAGCUCAGAGGCAGAGAUCGCCCUCCACACUGAGGUGAGAGGGUUGAGAUCGGAGCUAGACGAGGCCAAGAGAAAAGCUUCUAGACUGAGUCAGGAGCACCGUGAACUUCUCCUGCGUGUGGAGGACACGGAGAAAGAGAAGGAGACACUCAAACAGACCUUCAACCAGCUGGAAGAGACCAAACUACAGCAGGAAAGAGCUCUGGAGAAACUCAACAAAGAGUAUGAGUCUCUCACCGUGUCCUCGAGGGAGGAGGUGCAGACUCUCAGGGUUCAGCUGGAGGAGCAGCGAGAGAGGGCACGCAAGGAAAUGCAGGAGGCACAACGGCACGGAAACGACGCUCAGAGUGAACUGGAAAGAAGUCAUAUAAAUCUAAGGAGACUGGAGGAAGAGAUGUCACGAGAGAAGAAGGAGCUUCUGCUUCUAUGUGAGGAGAGAGACAACCACCAGCUGGAUAAAGAGCUUCUGGCCAACAGGCUGCGCCACCUUGAGGGAGAGAUGGAGGCCGUCAAAAACGGCCAGAAUGAGAAAACCCGGGAGAUUCGCAUCCUGGAGGACAAGCUGAAGCGUAUGGAGUUGGAGCUGGAGGAGGAGAAGAGCAGUGUGGAGAUGCUGACGGACCGAGUGGCCAGGAGCAGAGACCAGAUCGAUCAGCUCCGCUCUGACCUCAUGCAGGAGAGAUCCUCCAAACAGGACCUGGAGCUGGACAAGAACACCAUGGAGAGACAUCUGAAGGAGCUGAGGGGUCGCGUGGCCGACAUGGAGGGCCACUCUCGCUCCUCAGCUGGACUCUCCCAGCUGGAGAACAAGAUCCAGGAGCUGGAAGAACGCCUACGGAAUGAGGAAAGGGAGAAGAACUUAGUGGUGGCGUCUCAACGACGUCUGGAGAGGAAACUAAAAGAUCUCAACAUGAUGUUGGAUGAGGAGAAACAAACACACACUGAGCAGAGGGACCAGCUCGCUCUGAGAGUGAAAGCUCUAAAGAGGCAGGUGGACGAAGGAGAGACGGAGCUAGAAAGGCUCGAUGGACUGAGGAGAAAGGCCCAGAGAGACAUGGAGGAACAGAUGGAGCUCAAAGAGGCCUUGCAGGCCAGAGUCACAGCACUGGAAACUGAGCUCAAGAGAAAAGCCCAGGCAGCAAUGCGCCCAGCUUUGGAUUCAUCAGCUCUCAGUUCAGAUGACGACGACAGCCUGUACGAUCCCUCCACCAUCACCUCCAUCCUCACUGAGGGCAACCUCCAGACCAGCUCCUGUUAAAAAAAAUAAAUAAACAGCACUUCAGGGACAGGGUGAGAGUGGGAAAACAUAGCACUGUUAAGGAAAGAAAUACAGGGGCGUGUAGGUUGCUUUUUAGACUGGGAGUUAAGCCAAAAGGCAGAAUGGUAUACACGACAGGCAAUAAGGGAGGGACGCACUGAUCUGGGAUUUAAAUCAUCAUUAGCAGGGGAAUCAUUUUCCACACCAGGGUGAAUGGAAGGAAACAAAACAUCCUCUGCACAUCAGGGUAUUUCCUUCAGUCUACAAUGUACUUCGAUGCAGUCCACGGUACAGCUGGAAGAACUCCAACAUACAAAAACCACACUAAGACGGUAACUGGAUUGCAAGGAUAGAAAAGAGGCUAGAAGCACAGAAACAAAAUUGCUCUUGCAUUUUUUGAUACAAAUUCAGUAUGUCAAACAAUUUCAGGUUUGAGAUUCUGCAUCGAGCACUUACGGUACCGAGUCUGGCUUUGACUGAAGAAUCAAAAAUACUCUCAUCAUCUCUCAGAGUUUACCUGUAACUUCAAAUGACUGAGUUCACAAACUCUGUACCCCAGCAUGCACAAAUAUUAUGUAGCGCUACUGACAAACAUGGACCAAACACUAACAUUGUGUGCAUUUUUGAUUCUCACAAACUAUAAGCAAUAUUACACGAUGAUUCUCAUGCAAGUAAAAUUUAAGUAAUGCAAAGUAUUCGUAUUGAAUGAAAUCUGGAGUUUAACGUGAAAAUAGAUUUUAUUUUACAUGUUUUUUUGGAAUAUGUCACUUGUGUGUUUAUUACACCGCCCAGACUUUGUCACGUGGUACACAGUCCAUGAAUUCAGAAUUAUAAAAUAUGACACUAAUAGCACAAUAUUAUUGCUAUAAAUGUGAUAGAAACCUCAUGUUGGUGUGAAGGUUUUGAUUAGUUUUGUCUUUAUUCACUGUACCUGAAACAGUUUCCUGGUGAAGGUGCAACAGACCUUUGUUUUGUGGGACAGAAGUGUCCUUUGUCAGAAUAUCACAUAACUUACAAAAGUGGUUUUCCACUUUUGAGUUAAAAUCAUGGCCGGAAUAUCAUCCUGUCCAAUAAAAUCUUUACGUGUGUAUUUGUAGAAGCUGCACAAUUUCUAUGCAUUCCUUUAAAGCAAGUCACUGAAAUAUAUGCCUUAAAAUAAUUGUUAAAAAAGAAUUUAUUCAUUGUUAUCCGAAUGUUUUUUGUAAAAUGUAACAUUGUCUAUUUAACAUUAUAGAUUUCUUUGAGACUUGAGUUUUGUAUACAUUAUGAACAAUCAGCUAAUAACUGUAUUACAUUUUGCUGUAAUGUUUCUUCUUAUCUUUUCAGUGAAACUGGAGAUGGUACUUAUGAUUUGUUAGAAUGAGUAUAAAGCUGUUGAAUUUGUGAACUAUAAUGUUGACUGGAAAAAUUCACCCUGUGACUGUACUACACAAAAUAGAUAAUGUUUCUAUUGCACAUGAUUUCAGCUACAAUAAAAGUUAAACGAUUUAAGUUA